AUGAUCAGGUUCAUCCUGGUACAGAAUCGGCAGGGCAAGACCCGUCUGUCGAAAUGGUACGUACCGUACGACGACGACGAGAAGGUUAGACUACGUGGUGAAGUGCACAGACUUGUGGCCCCGCGGGACCAGAAGUAUCAGUCGAAUUUCGUUGAGUUCCGAAAUUACAAGAUAGUAUACAGGCGAUACGCGGGCCUAUUCUUCUGCGUCUGCGUCGACGCGAAUGAUAAUGAGCUCGCAUACCUGGAAGCGAUCCACCUUUUCGUCGAAGUCCUGGAUUCUUUCUUUGACAAUGUGUGUGAGCUUGACCUGGUCUUCAACUUCUACAAGGUCUACGCAAUCCUGGAUGAAAUCUUCCUAGCGGGAGAGAUCGAGGAGACCAGCAAAGAAGUGGUGCUAUCAAGGUUAGAUGUGUUGGAUAAGCUCGAAUAGGGUCGUUAGCAUGUCCCGGACUGACGUCGCCGUCCUCUCACGAAGUUACGUGUAUGAUAAUAUCCAUGAAACCAGCUAUCUAAUAGAGCUUAUAUCGCUUGGCAAUCAGCGAUUUCCUGCACUUCUUGACAUACGGAACGAGAUAUUAGCUUCGGA